UCCACCCCACCCCCAUCCCCACCCAUUUUACCCAUUUGGGUGUCAAAAAUUUGUUCUUGAAUGUCCAAAAAACUAAUCAAGAUUCAAUCUUUUUGAUGUUUCUUGCCACUAGAGCUCAUUUUAGUGGAAAUUAGUGUUGUGGGUCACUCUCAUUUUCUUGAAAAACUUUGAAAUUUUUAAUUUUUGGGAUGAAAAUGUACUCUUCUUUGGGUAUUGAUGGAAAUGGAGGAGUUAAUGAAUAUCAUCAUCAUCAUCAUCUUCAUAGUUUACAGAGUUCACUUUCUGGUGAAAUGACAAAUUUGGCAGGGGAUGCUUGUUUGGUUUUAACGGCGGACCAUAGGCCUAGGCUCCGGUGGACGGCGGAGCUACAUGAAAGAUUUGUGGAUGCUGUUACUCAACUCGGGGGCCCGGAUAAGGCAACGCCGAAAACAAUUAUGAAGGCAAUGGGGGUGAAAGGACUCACCCUAUAUCAUUUGAAGUCACACCUCCAGAAAUAUCGCCUAGGGAAGCAACCUAAGGAGGCAGCCGAGAGCUAUAAAGAUGAAUCAUGUGUGGCAGAGAGUCAAGAUACAAGUCCCUCUGCGUUGGGUUCAUCAAAAGUAGUUGCCCAGGAUAUAAAUGACUGUGGGUACCAAGUAACGGAGGCUUUUCGAGUGCAGAUGGAAGUUCAACGAAGACUACAUGAGCAGCUAGAGGUACAACGCCAUGUCCAGCUUCGUAUCGAAGCACAGGGCAAGUAUUUGCAAACGAUACUCGAGAAAGCAUGUAAAGUUCUUAACUACACGUCUGUGGAAUCUCCUGAUCUAGACACUGCUAGGGAACAGCUUUCUGAAUUAGCAAUCAAAGGCGCGAACAACUGUGUUGAGAUUGUCCCAGUUUCUUCAUUACCUGAAGUUGUUUCGAGUUAUGAGAACAAAAAUGCUUCCGAUAUGCCUGCAAGCAUCGGUGAUUGCUUGCCAUCGAAUACAAGCAUGGCUUCUCCCACGAGCAUCGGAGCUUUAAAGAAGAGACCACGAGCUUUAGCUAACGGGGAUGUCUUGCCUGUGGAGAACAAUAUGACACAAGUGCAAUGGAUGAUGACUAAUUCCUGAGUAAAGUCCGCUGUAUGAAUCUUUACUGUUUCAUUUAAGCUCAUCGCGAUGCAAUAUUAGAUGACAUAUGUUCCUCCUCUAUUUGUUUGAUGAUCUAGAAAGAUGAGACAUGUUGAACUCCACAUGCAACUU